CAGCUGGUGAUACAUAUACGUGGUUUUGACGAAUAUUUGCAUCGCGAUUACAGUUCUGCCCGUGACGCGACGUACCUACAAACUUGAAGUUGAACUUGACAGCGAAUGACAACUUAAAGUGAGACUUCUAUUUGCGUUGUUUCCUAUUACGUUCGCGGUUCGUCGAUACUAUAUUAUCCUAUCGAUGUAGGCUAUUUUAUGUGUACAGUCGUGACUACAAGUCUGUAGAUAAAGAGAUAUCCACUAUCUUGUCGUGACGUGCUGUAAUUAUUUGCAGUGUUGCUAGUUGUGUCGUCACCUUGUUUGAUCAGCUUGAAUACUAGAACCAAAAUGAAGCUUGUAGACAUAUGUAACGGGUUGGAAGACCCCACAGAUAAGUGGGAGUUAAUAGACUCAAUUGGAGAGGGAACUUACGGGGAAGUCUUCACAGCAAAAAAUAAAGAAACAGAAGAAUUGACAGCCGCUAAAAUAAUGGAUGCCAGUGCAGACACUGAGGAGGAAAUUGAAGCAGAAUAUGGUAUUUUCAAGAAUCACUGUGUGCAUCCUAAUUUACCUAAGUUUUAUGGUGCUUAUUACAAAAAAACGCCAAGCGGACAGACCGACCAGAUAUGGCUGGUGAUGGAGUUCUGUCACGGUGGCGCUGUCACUGACCUUAUUAAGGGAAUGCUGAAACGAGACGAGAGGAUGGAUGAACGACUCAUUGCAUACAUCAUCAAAGAAACUUUAACAGCAAUCAAAUAUUUACAUGACAAUCGUGUGAUACAUCGAGACAUCAAAGGUCACAAUGUCUUGAUGACAGCGGAUGCACAAAUAAAACUAAUUGAUUUUGGUGUAUCAGCACAACUUCGUAGAACAAUGAUGAGACGAAACACAUCUGUUGGUACGCCAUUUUGGAUGGCGCCAGAAGUCAUUGCUUGUGAACAACAGAUAGAUUACACGUACGAUAACCGAUGCGAUAUAUGGUCACUUGGAAUCACGGCCAUAGAACUUGGUGAUGGUGAUCCACCUCUUUCUGAACUACACCCCAUGAGGGCGCUCAUCAAAAUUCCAAGAUGUCUGGUUAAAGAUUUUGAAAAGCGACCCACAGCCCAGCGGCUUCUCAAUCACCCAUUUAUAAAGAAAGUUCCGAAAGAUACAAAUCCACUUCGGCUUCAGUUAAUUGAAAUGAUGGCUGUCCAUCAACAAUUAGGCGGUAUCCAGCAAGCACCUGAAGUUACAACAAAACGUGGUAAGCUGAAUAGACCGGCUGCAAGGAAAUCCCGAAGGACAAGAUUUCCCAUCAUGGAUGAUCUAGCUCAGCUUGAACAUCUUGAUGAAGAUGUCUUAGUAAAACAUCUGUACGAGCGAUACCAAUUUGGACAGGUUUACACAUAUGUUGGAGAUAUCAUGAUUGCUGUAAAUCCAUUUACGCAACUCAAUAUAUAUGAUGACAGGCAUUCAUUGCGGUACAAUCACGCUGACAAAGGGGACAAUCCUCCUCAUAUAUUUGGUGUCGCUGACUCCACUUACCAAGCCAUGCUACACUAUACCCAAGACCAGUGUCUUGUUAUCAGUGGUGAGUCCGGUGCUGGAAAGACUGAGAGUGCUAACUUAUUGGUAACACAACUUACCAAGCUUGGGAAGGCAUUAAAUAGAAGUCUAGAAGAAAAAGUACUACAAGUUAAUCCACUGAUGGAAGCGUUUGGCAAUGCCAGGACUGUCAUCAAUGACAACUCCAGUCGAUUUGGCAAAUAUUUAGAGUUGAAAUUUACCCCUAUGGGUCAUGUGAUCGGAGCCGAGAUCUCUCAGUAUCUGCUGGAAAAGUCCAGAGUCAUUUUCCAAGCCAAGGGUGAAAGAAACUUCCAUAUAUUUUACUAUGUAUUAGCCGGAUUAUCAAGCGAUGAUGACAAUGCCAAUGUAUAUCACUUCAAAAAUAAGACUGUGUACAGAUAUCUGAAAGGAGGUGGCAACUUGACCUACAAGGAUGUUGCUAAUAUGUCAAUCAAUAAGGUCAAGUUCAAGGUCAUUAAUAAGUGCCUGGAGACCAUUGGCUUUACAUCAGAGGAAAUUCAUCAGAUGUAUUGCCUCUUAUCAGGAAUUCUUCACAUCGGUGAGGUGACUUUUGAAAGUUUAGAAAUGAAACAUAUGUCAGAUACCAGUAAAAUUGCAGAUUCUAAAAGAACGAAACGAGUUGCUGAGCUGCUUUUGGUAGAGGAGCAAGAACUGAAAGAAGCAUUAACAACCAACAGUGUGGUAACUAGGGGAGAGACGAUAGUAAGGAGUAAUACUGUCCAACAAGCAGAGGAUGUACGAGAUGCCAUGUCAAAAGCCAUCUAUGGACGGCUUUUUAACUGGAUCGUAAAUCGUAUCAAUGUUCUGCUGAAACCUUCACAGGACUCCAGUGAUGGAGCACGCCAGAUUGGUAUUCUGGAUAUCUUUGGUUUUGAGAAUUUCCGAGUGAAUUCAUUUGAGCAGUUGUGCAUCAACAUUGCCAAUGAACAGAUUCAGUAUUAUUUUAACCAACAUAUCUUUGCAUGGGAGCAGCAAGAGUACAUAAGUGAAGGUAUUGACGCUGAUAUGAUCACCUACGAAGACAAUCGGCCAUUGUUAGACAUGUUUCUCCAAAAACCGAUGGGAAUGUUGUCACUUCUAGACGAAGAGAGUCGUUUUCCAGAGGCUACUGAGCAGACUUUAGUGGACAAGUUUUACAAAAAUCUGAGCAAAAAGUAUUACUGGAAGCCCCUACAGCAUGGACUUUCAUUUGGAAUAUACCAUUAUGCUGGAAAGGUUGAGUACAUUGCAAGUCGUUUCUUAGAAAAGAAUCGAGAUACACUGGCACCUGACAUAGUUCUUUUAUUGCGAUCUUCUGAAAUGCCACUUGUGAGAACGUUAUUUGAGAGACAGUUGACGCGAACAGGUAAUCUUGCCGAUGCUAGAGGAUUGGACGAGAUGAAAUUACAGCCUGUUGGCAGAGUCGUGAAACAAAAACCAAUGCAACAGUACCAAAAGGGUCGAAGUAGUUUUUUGCUGAAUGGAAACGAAGACAUUCCAGGUCUGACGCAGAAUAGAAAUAAAAUGACGGUAGCGUCAUAUUUUAGAUAUUCCCUAAUGGAGCUGUUAUCCAAAAUGGUUUCCGGAACGCCUCACUUUGUACGUUGCAUCAAGCCAAAUGAUCAGAAGACGCCGGGACAGUUUGAUCGUGAUAAAGUCAUGAUACAGCUGAGAUACACAGGAGUUCUUGAAACGACAAGAAUUCGACGACAGGGAUAUUCACACCGGAUAACGUUUUCUGACUUUGUACACAGGUACAAAGUGCUUUCAUUUAACAUGAAUGAAGACGUGGAGGAGACGGCCGAAAUGUGUGAGAGAAUAAUCAAAACAUGUGGCAUGACGAACUGGUUAAUGGGUCGAACCAAGGUGUUUUUAAAGUACUACCAUGUAGACAAGCUGGACAAGGAAUUGGAAAAGUACCACAAGAUGGCUAUCCGAGCACAGGCAGUGAUGAGAGGGUGGAUUGCUAAGAUAAAAUACAAAAGACUAAUUGCAAGAAGAUGGAAAAGUGCAAUUCUACUUCAAAAAUGUGUAAAAGGUUGGAUGGCGAGAAUACGGUAUAGACGAAUCACUGCACGCAGAUGGAUGGCCGCUUAUAAAAUACAACAGGCAUUUAGACGUCAGUUAGCGAUGAAAAGGUAUGCUGAGGAACUGUCAAGGAACAACAAGGCAGCUAUUACAAUUCAGCGGAUAUAUCGAGGAUACAUCGCCCGGUAUAAGUACAAACGUCUCAUGUCUACUAUCACCAUCCAAUCGUACUGGAGGGGACAUCGAGUUCGAAAAGCCAAGGAACUCAACCACAGGAUGCAGAUGAGAAAAAUAAUCAUUGCACAAGCAGCUGUGAGGGGUUUCUUAUGUCGACAGCAGUACAAAGUAAUCAAAGCACGACAUGAUAGUAAGAAAUGGGACUCGUCCAUCCUACUGCAGCGCUGGUUCCGAAUGUGGAAGAAACGAUCGCUGUAUCAGCAAAUACAGCUAUACAGGUCGCAGCAAGAAACACGCUUGAUUUUCUUCUUACAGCAGGUAUAG